UUUUUAUAUCCCCCUUCGCGGGGCACAAAUCGAGUACUCUCGAGGGACCAAUCUCUCUCUCUCUCUCUCUCUCCACCACAAAACCUAACACUGCUCUCUCUCUCUCUCCCCCCGAUCGCCGGUGUGCAUUUCCCGAUUCUCAGUGGUUGGUUUGAGGUUUUCCGGUUGGACAUUGUCUGGAUUUCGUACAAACUGAACUCGAAACUGCAACAUGUCUUUCCAGGACAGGGGAUCUUGGAUGGCGAAGGGUGGCGGACAUUUAACUGAACGGGAUACAGCAUAUGAUAACCCAUCAAGGAUUGAACCGAAGCGUUCUCAUCAAUGGUUUACUGACGCUAAUGAGCCAGAGCUAUUCCCCAACAAGAAGCAAGCAGUGCAAGCUCCAACUGCCAAAUCAACCACGGGAAUCUUAGAUCCGGAUCCUCGUCCUUCAGUGAAUGCUUCCAAUUUUUUUCCAUCAGUCCCAAGCCAAUUCAUGGACCGCUUAUUUGGAGGUGAGACAAACAGGCCUUUUAAUUUUACUGAACAAAGCGUUUCUUCUGUUGCUGGGGUGGACUCCAAUAUGAUGAGAAAAGGCAUCAAUGAGCAAUUUGGAAAUGAUUCAUCUGUGAGUUUGUCUAUCUCUCAUACCAUGGAGGAUCCAGAAAUAUGUCUUAGCUAUGGUGGAUUUAGAAAGGUUAAUAGUAAUCAGGUUAAGAACUCUGACAGUGGUUUUCAUGCACCAGAAGAGCAUCAUAGCGGCAUUGGUCAGGUCUAUAACCCAGGCAAUGAGACGAAUUUCAUGUCAUCAGGGAAGGGAUAUACUAAGGAGGACGAAAGUGUAGCAUUGAUGGGCCAUACCUACAAGGGCAAUGCUAACAUCAGGUCCGUUGGCUAUGCAUUUGAGAAGGGGGAUGACAAUAGCUUGUCAAUUGGUCAGUCCUAUGAUAAAGGAGGGUUUAAUGGACUAUCUUUUGGUGGCUUUCAACAAGAACCAGUGUUCAACCCACUGGCUCGGCCCUUGAACAGCUAUGAGGUGAUAUAUGACCAAUCUAGUGUUCAAACAUCGGAAACACCUAACAGGGGAGAGAUUGUUGUUGCACCAACUGCAGGUGCAGUUGUAAAUGUUUCUCAGGAAGCUAAACCCAAACCCAGACGUGUCUCUGCGCCCAAGAACAAGUCAGAGGAAAAAGUGGCUAAGAAAGAGAAAGAGGAACCUAACAGUUUCCCGUAUAAUGUCAAAACCUUGAUAAUGACUGGUAUGCUUGAUGGAAUGCCUGUGAAAUAUAUUUCUCCGUCAGGGCAGGAGCUCUGUGGUAUCAUAAAAGAUUCUGGUUAUCUUUGUGGAUGUCAAGCAUGCAAUUUCUCCAAGGUGCUACUUCCUCAUACGUUUGAGCGCCAUGCUGGUUGCAAAACAAAACAACCAAACAACUACAUCUACUUUGAAAAUGGGAAGAGCGCUAACCUGGUAGUCGAAGAGUUGAGGAGCACAUCAGGGAAUGAGUUGUUUGAGACAAUUCAUACAGUUACAGGUUCACCAAUCAAUGAAAAGGCCUUCAACAUCUGGAAAGAAUCUUAUCAAAAAGCUAGGCGUGAGCUUCAACGUAUAUAUGGGCACAAUGAUGUGAAUCCGUAGUAGUUGUAUCUCUAAUGUGCUGCUUCUUGCAAAAUGUAAGACAGGUAAUCUCGUUGACGUGCACAGAAUCAAACUUUGAUUUUGUUAAGAUACAAUGAAAGGCUGUUUGGUAUGGAAAUGUUUAUUUUGGGUGUUGAACGGUUGUUUUAUUAGCUUUUGCCUUUGGGCUCCUGUUUCUGAGACAAGGGUGGUCUGUUAGACUGCUUUGUAAAAAUUGGGCAAUCCUUUGGAAUUGUUAACUGUUAUUAUUAGAAGAUUCAAUAAGAAGUGAAUGUAAUUUUGGUGA